UUUCUUCAAGCGACGGCGCGAGCGGGUACGGGCAGCAGAGGAACCGCACUUGGCACUUGGCAGUCGUUGCUUUGCAGAAUCUGUGAACCGAUGGCGGCGAGGAAGCACGAGGAGGAGGAGGACGGCGUCGGGGGAGGAGGAGGGCUGGGGAGUCAGGUGACUUCGGAGCUCAAGGAACUUUGGGCCAUGGCGGCGCCAAUCACCGCGAUGAACUGCCUAGUCUACCUGCGAGCGAUGGUGUCGGUAGUCUGCUUGGGUCGCCUCGGUCCUCUCGAGCUCGCCGGCGGAGCGCUCUCCAUCGGCUUCACCAACAUCACCGGUUACUCUGUUCUCUUCGGGCUCGCCUCCGGCCUCGAGCCUCUCUGUUCGCAGGCGUACGGGACGCGCAACUGGGACUUGAUAUCGCUCUCGCUACAACGCGCCAUCUUGCUCCUCCUCUUCGCCGCCGUCCCCAUCGCCUUCCUUUGGGUCAACCUCGGCCCCAUCCUGGUGGCGCUGGGGCAGGACCCUGCUAUCACUGCCGUUGCCGCGACCUACUGCCUCCACUCCCUGCCGGACCUCCUCACCAACGCGCUCCUUCAGCCGCUUCGCGUCUUCCUGCGCUCGCAGGGCAUCACCCGCCCCAUGGCCGCUUGCACCGCCGCCGCCGUCGUCCUCCACAUUCCUCUCAACCUCCUCCUCGUCUUCGUCCUCCGCCUCGGCAUCACCGGCGUCGCCCUCGCCGCCGUCAUCACCAACCUCAACAUGGCUGUACUCCUCCUCGUCUACCUCCGCGUCUCCCGCGCCUGCGAGCUAACAUGGCGCGGCUGGUCCCCCCGGGCGGCCCUGAGCGGUCUCGCUCCGGUACUCCGCCUGGCUCUCCCCAGCUGUCUCGGCGUCUGCCUCGAGUGGUGGUGGUACGAGAUCAUGACCGUGCUCGCCGGCUACCUCCCUGACCCCACCACCGCCGUCGCUGCCACCGCCGUCCUCAUACAGACUACCAGCCUCAUGUACACUGUACCCAUGUCUCUCGCUGCCUGCGUCUCCACCAGGGAAUCGAUGCAUCAGGUGGGGAACGAGCUCGGCGCAGGGCGGCCGAAACGGGCGAAGACGGCGGCGCUGGUGGCGCUCGGAUGCGGCGCGGUCAUCGGCGUGGUGAACGUGGCGUGGACGACCCUGUUCCGCGAGCAAUGGGCGCGGCUCUUCACGGCGGACGCCGCGGUGCUGCGCCUCUCCGCCGCCGUGCUGCCGCUCGUGGGGCUGUGCGAGCUGGGCAACUGCCCGCAGACCACCGGCUGCGGCGUGCUCCGCGGCACCGCGCGGCCGGCCGUCGGCGCCCGCAUCAACCUGCUCUCCUUCUACCUGGUGGGCACGCCGGUGGCCGUCGGGCUCGCCUUCCGCCUCGGCGCGGGCUUCGGCGGGCUCUGGUACGGCCUCCUCACCGCCCAAAUCGUCUGCGUCGUGCUUGUCCUCGCCGUCAUCCUCCUCCGUACCGACUGGGACGUCGAGGCGCUGCGCGCCAAGAAGCUCACCGCCUCCGCCAACGCCGAAGUCGCCAUCGCAGCUCGACCGAAUGACGAGAGGCGGCAAUUAAUAGUAGAAGAAGACGACGACCACGACGAGGAUGAAGCCGCCGCCGAUCCGGUAUAGAAGUCAACGUCAAAUCUUGACUGACACAGCAUGCAUCUUUAGGUUUGGCCGAGAUUUCAUUUAAUAGUCGAGUACAAACAUUUUCUACGUUGCUUUUGGGCAGUGGGGGAUAUAGUUACUUCCUUUUGGCUGUAAAGGCUCUGCACUUAAAUGCAAUGUUUCAUAAA